CAGUGGGAGGGAACCAGCCCUUCGUGCUUCCUUGGGCAGGGUGUCUGCAGCUCUGCCUCUUGGUAGGAGGAAGCAGAAGCAGAAAAAGGGGCAGAACAAACGUAAACCUCCGCCUCGGACGCCUUCGCCUCCACCCCUUUCCCUCUCCAGUUCUUGCAGGUUCUCUGUGCCGGCGGUGGUCCGAGAUACGUUACGCACGGUUCUGCAUGUCGCGUAUGCAAAUGCCGGUUUCUGCCUGCCUGCUGUGUUCUCCCGAUAACACCACCGAAAUACCAGGUAACCCACAGCGAGCCUGCCCCGGGGUGCAGGAGGCAGCCACCUCGCCCAGCAUGGAGGCUGCAGAUGGCCUCGCCUCUGAGCUAAACGCUGCCCUGAGAAACUUUGAAAGAGAAAAGGUGCUGGAGCUGCUGGCGGAAGGGGCAGACGUGAACUCCAAAGUGGGCAGCGGCUGGACACCGCUGCAGAGCGCCGUGCAGACUGGGGACAAGGACCUGGUCCAGCUCCUGCUGGACAGGGGUGCGUGUCCACACGCCAGGAAGGACAACGGUGCCACCGCCUUUACUGCGGCAGCGAUCGUGGGAAGCGUGGAAAUCCUGGAGCUCCUUUUUGGUUAUGGGGUUGAUAUCAAUGAUCGUGACAACAACGGCUUCACAGCUUUCAUGGAGGCUGCUUGGUACGGGAACGAGGAAGCCCUGAGAUACCUGCAUAGCAAAGGGGCAGACGUGAAUAUGAGGAGGGUAACCAGUGAGGAGAAGAAGAAACUGAACAAAGGGGGUAGGACCGCGCUGAUGGAUGCCUGUAGGAGGGGCCACUUCUCAAUUGUAAAAACCCUUGUCCAAGAGAUGGGGGCUGAUCUGAACAUUUGUGACAAUGAAGACAGAAAUGCCUUGAUCCAUGCCCUCAAGGUCCGUGAGAGGAAAACAUCUGAGGUUAUCUCUAUAGUCCAUUUUCUGCUGGACUGUGGUGUUAAUGUCAGAUGCAAAGAUGAAAGUGGGAAAACUGCCCUCAUCCUAGCUGUUGAAAUGCAGAUCCCGUGUUUGGUGAAAGCUUUCUUGGACAAGGAUGAAAUAAAUAUUGAUGAUGCAGAUGAGGACGGCAAAACAGCACUGAUGGUGGCUGUGGAAAAAAAUGAUUAUGACAUUGCAGAGGUGUUGUGUGAAAAAGGAGCAAGGACUGACAUUGGGGAACUUAUUGCUAUCGCAAAUAGGAACUAUGCUAAUAAAAUGCAACGUCUUCUUCGCAAGUACAAUGCCAAGUAUGUCCCAGCAAGCUACGAAAACUGGGAGCCAAAGAGCAAACGCUGGAGGAGCCAGCUGCAAAGCCUUCAUAAAAUAUAUCGGCCCAUGAUUGGCAAACUAAAGGUAUUUCAGUAUGUCCGUCAGAGAAUUCAGAGCACCUCCUGGGGUGGCAUCUACCUGGGGCUCUACGGUGGGACAGAAGUGGCAGUAAGAAUACUCCUCAGUGCAGAGGGUAGCGAAGAGAAGGAAUUCCUCGACCAGUGUGGUGACUGCGAACAUCUACUGAAGCUCUUCCAGUUUGAGAAGGAAAGAGGCUACAUGUACUUGUGCUUCCCUCUCUGGGAGAAAAACCUUGAAGAACAUCUGCAGGAUCCAGAAGAUGAAAAGGAUUACAAGGGCAUCCUGAAGAUGAUCUUCCAGGCAGUGAGGGAGCUGCACUCCCUUGGGUUUGCUCACCGGGCUCUGCAUCCCAGCAACUUCUUGAUAGAUUUAGCUGGCAAAAUUUACUUGGCGGAUUUUGAUAACAACAGAGACUUGAUUGAAGGCAAAAAGGAACUUAUAAGCUCAGACUUAGAGGACCUCAGCAGGCUUGUGCUGUAUGUCUUAGCAGGGGGUAGGAAAUCCCUUUGUGAAGUCAGUAUCGAGGAUUUGGAUGCAAACUCCCCAGAUUACGAGGAGGCUCUGGACCUUCUAGAGCGCCUGACCUCUCACGAUGACCAGGGAUGGGAGGGUCUGAGCAAACACCCCUAUUUCUGGAGCAAACAGACCAGGUUCAACCUCCUGAAGAGUAUCUGGAAUAAAAUCAAGGAUCACCAAAGGAAUAAAGGUCCUUUUAAAGCUCUUAAUACUUGUAGUCCUUACCCAUGCUGGACUGAGGAGAUUCAUCCAGAGGUUCUGCGUAACAUGGAAAAAUCCAGUUAUGGAAAAAAGUUCUGUUAUAAAAACGAUGUCACAGACCUUCUGAGGCUCAUCAGAAACCUGGAUGAACACCCCAAUAAAAGGAUCGAUGAAAUAACAGGGGACUAUGCUGAGUAUUUCCUGAAGCAUUUUCCAGCACUGACCAUUUAUGUCUACAACUGUUUACGCCGGCAUCCCAAAUACAGCCACUUCGUAGACAUUCAGGACCCUCCUCUGUAAGAGGCUGUUGCCUCACAUCGCAUGGCUAAUCCCCACUUGCUCUGCCUCCUUUUAUUCCCUAUUUCUUCAGCUGAAAAAAGAGUUGAAGAAAUUGGGUAAAGAGAUGGGAGAGAGCACUUGCAGGUACAGAACAUGGAGAAAUGAAAGGUGCUUUGGAAGAAGUGGUUGGUGUAAGGACAAGGGCUUGGGCAAAGAGGCAGGCUGAGUGCCAGCCCAGGUCCCCUGUGAUUCCCUGUCCCCAUCUCCCUGAUUCUUACAGAGAGCAAGAAGAUUUGGGACAGACCCCAUAUUCCCAAUCCAUGCAAGAGGCAGGAGUAUUUCCAAGUAUUCCCAAGUAUUUCCAACCAGGGACUCUGAUGAAGGAGUUUCCUAGCAGGGAGCUCUACAGAUGGCACUUAUGAGCCACCCUUGUACCCCUGUUGAGACAUGAAUUCCCUCCUUCCACUCCUUGAACACAGCAGCCAGAAGCAGAGAUGCUGUUGGUGCCUGGCCCUGCUGUUCAUAUGCAGCAGCCUGGAGCUCUGCUACUGGGGCUGAGCAGCACAAACGCAUUUCUGGAGCCUGGUGGCAUCCUGAUGGCCCAAGGGCUUGUUUGUUUCUCUGCCAGCAGUUUUCCAGCUGUUGAAAGGAUUUUUAGUGUGUUUUUUUUUUAACUGAUUGUUGUUCUUUCUAUUAGUCUAUGCAGAACCAAACUGGGAAUAAAUUUGGAAAAAUGUUUCCUACACAUUU